ACUAGGUGGUUGGUAACAACAUGGCUUUUAAUCGCUGUAUAACAUCCCAUCAUCUAAAUGUGAAAUAUAGAGUUUAAAUGCACCUCCCUGCCAAGGACAGGAUGUGCUGUGAUUUAAUUCUGUAUCGCACAAGAGAGCAUAGAGAGGGAUGCAGCUUACUGCCACAAGACCUGGGUUUGACUCCCAGUUCUGUGCCACUUGGAUGCAUUAUUUAAAUUUGGGACUUCUUUUCUAUAAUGUGGGGUGGGGCUGGCUUUACGAUUGUGAGGAUUAGUGAGAUAAUGAAUAUCUGUAAGGAUGUUCCACAAGCUGUAGGCUCCAUUAUUUUUGUUGAAGACGCAGGCUCUGUUACUUCCAUAUUGGCGUCCCCAACAGACUUCUCACAGUUACUCCUUAGGAAUCGGCUCCAGCGUAUGUGCUCAGGACAUCACCGUCUUUGGAAGAUCUUUGGGAGGAGUUUGUGUGUAUGUCACGAAAGCUGAUGCAUGUGUAAGUGCAGGGCUGUUGGAUGGCUGAGAGUUGGGCGUGUCAGAGAUGGCUUCGGCUGUGACGGUAAAAGAGACAAGGUUGGCCUGGGAUCCCUGAGGACCGGGAUUGGAGGGCAAGCACUAAGCAAGGAGCUGUGCUAAGGCCAGACGUUAACCAGGGCUUGGGGUCAUAAGGGAGAAAUUAUUUCUGAAGAACAGUAGGUAUCUUGAAGCUGUCUGUCUCUGGAAUUCUCUAGAAGGAAAAACAAGAGAGGCCCUGUUCUGAGUGAGGUGAAGUGAGGGGUGGUUGUGGCCUGACUCCCCACUCUCGAGUCUGGAUGUGUGAACUGACAGGUGGGGACCUGUAAACAGCUUUAUUUUGAUCCUCUUAGCCUCUGCCCUUGUCUGGUGUGUUCACAGUACCCGUGGCACCCUCUGCCUAUGGUGUUCAAGAAGGAAGCAUAGGAGGAAUGGCUGAAGACAGGAGAGUGUCUGAAGGGAAAAAAAUGACCAUCCAAAUCCAAGGCUCAAAUUGUGAUUCUUUUUUUUUUUUUUUUUUUUUCAAAUUGUGAUUCUUGAAGAAGGUUCGCAGCUAGGGACCCAGACGUCCAGUCUUGUUGUCUGGCUACAUUUUGUUCCCUAAACAAGUGGGGAUGGCUUGCCCACCUGUUGGGGACUGGGGAACCUGUUCACAAGGGCUAUACAGCCUGCUGCUUGCAAGGUUGGGUACCAAGCAGGCUCUGCUGGAGGCGUCUCUCAGUAAACAGGAGCCUGUGGGCAGGCCUACUGGGAGGAUGUGUCUCUGAGGUUCACUGGCAGUGAAAUAUGGGGCAAAUGGUCGUUUUAUGCCCAUAUUUCUGUCCAGGUGUCUGGGGUGCAUAAAUAAAGGGCAAGUAGCCUGGCGGAUCCUGUGCAGAGUUGUUAUACCUUCGUUGCUUAGAGACCCUGAAGGCUGCAUAACUCAUGGUCUGGCUCUGCCUUGGGGGUCUGGUUGGCACGAUUCCAGUGCCUCCCUCAGCCAGCUUCCUGGAGAUCUCUCCACAGGACUGUGUGCUGCGUGAGCCUUCUAUUCACAGCUUGGGAAUCUGGGUACAGAACUGAGUCUUAAUGCAGUAGAUGGUGUGAACCUAGCAGUUUGUGGGGUGACUGACUGCCUUCCCUCUCUCUGCCUUCACCUCCAAGAGCUACUGAGGGUGGGAGAGGGAUCCAUGCCUAUCUUGGCUCUCCUCUUUCCUUCUGGCUCCUUUGCCAUGAGCUUCCUUUAUCUACAAUUCAGUUGCUUCCAUUUCUGACUGGUAUGAUUUAUCUGGGGUGCCAGGCUGGAGCUUUAAAGAAGAGUAAGCGGGUCAAGGGAGGACCAGAGACUCAGUCCUAGUAGCUUGCAGAAGAAAACCAUGCCUAUUAAAACAAAUGAUGCCAAUAUCUAGAUUUGAUAUAUCAGAGACAGCUGGUACCGAUACAGAUUAUAGAGGCAUUCCUUCCAAUUGUCACACAGGACUCUUGGGACAGGCACAUGACAAAUCCCAGUUAUCAGUCUGGGUCCUGUGAGUAGUGGCUCUAGAGCAGCGGUUCUAAACCUAUGGGUCCUAACCUCUUUUGGGGGGGGGGUCACAUAUCCUGCAUAUCAGAUAUUUACGUUAUGAUUCAUAACAGUAGCAUAAAUUAGAAAGUAUCAAUGAAAAUAAUGCUAUGGCUGGGGGUGUCACAAAAACAUGAGGACCCGUAUGAAAGGGUCACAGCAUUAGGAGAACUGCUGUAGGUCACUGCUGUAGAGGGUUGGUCUAUUGAGGGCAUUGCUUCAUGGAUUGAUUGAUUCAGGACUGUCUUGAAAACUCCGGGGGGUGGGGUGGGGUGGGGCAGUGCUUGCUGUCAAACCUAACAACCUGAGUCCAGUUUGGGACCCACAUGGUGGAAGGAGUGAACUAACUCUCUCAGGUUGCCCUCAGAUCUCCAGAUGUGUACUAUAUAGUACAUAUAUGUAGUGAUAUAUGCAUGCACGUGCACACACACACAAUGCUAAAUGUAGUAAUAAUGUUAAAGUCACAUAGUUUAUGCACAUUUCUCAUCUUGAACACACACUGGAACGGUAAAGGCUCUUUCACGUCUUCUCGGUCUGAUCCGCCUCUGCCUUCAUGUGGCAUUCUUUGUUCCGUGUUUGCUUUGCUCUGCUCCCCUCCUUCCCAUCCCAUGUUUGCUGAUGUGGGUGGGCUUGGUGUUCUGUCUGCAGUGGGGGCUCUAGAGCGGACAGUGGGCCUGCUUCUUGCCAUCUUGAUUUCUCUAUAUUCCAUCACGCUGCCAGGGUCCCCUUCCAAGGAGAGACGCUCGCUGCUGCUGUGUGAGAUGGAGCUCUUGGCUUCAUGUGUUUAGAGCGACGGGGAGGAGCCUGCUUCUGUUUGCCCAUGGCUAUCACCCCUCUCCGAGGCCCUCCUGACUCCUGGGGUCCCGCUUUUCAGGGUUUGUGCUCAGUGUGUGCUUGAGAGAUUUUCCCUAGCAGAAUCUCGUCCUCCAAGGCCUGUUGAGGGGGAGGGGGUCUCUCAAGGGUGCCGCAGGAAGCUGGAAUUAUAACCACCCCUUAAAGGUCCAAAACUAGGUUGUGAGGCUGUUGGAAGUCAGCCUAGCUAAGUUCAAAUAUGGGUUCCAGCUCUUUCCACUUCAUUGGCCUUGAGUGAUAAUAAGUAAUGUUACCUGUGUUCGUGGCACAGGUUGUUCAUCCUAACUCCACAAUGUCUUGGACAUUUCUGCAGCAGCCUUGGAGAACGGUAUCAAUUUCACCCCGCUUUCAGACGUGGGCAAGUGAUGGUCUGCCAAGCAAGACCCAUGGAGUCGGGCCUCCAGUUCCACCCCUGCCAGCUACUCCACUGUGGUUGUCAUAGCCAUGCUGUGACUUACCAGUACUCUCCAGGGUUCACCUCCAGUCUAGUCUCAGCCACCAAACAGAGGGACAGUGUUCAUACUGCAGGGCUUUUUUUUUUUUCUUUCCUUUCUUCAGAGCCCAAAUGAGAUGAAAUGUAAUAGACGAAGCAAAUUCGAGUUUCUUUAUUUUGUUUGUCCCAAGGACAGGGAGUGGGGCAAGGAAACAGAGAGACAUUCAUGCCCUGCUUGGCAGCCUCUAUGGAAGAAGGCAGGCCCAGAGAGGGAAACUGUGAGGAAUCUCCCUCCCUCAUCAUGGGUGACUAUUUCAUGGCAGAGGUCUUUCUCGGCCUGCCCUGUAAUUCUGAAGAUAGAAUGAGGGUCAGGAAACUGCUGCCUGGACCAGGGACAUGUUGCUGAGAGCUGUCCUGUACAUGGGCCUCAUCAGAGCAGAGGUCUGGGAUUUCUGUUUCUGGGGUAGUGUGGACUACCUCAGGGGGCACACUCUGCUGAGAUCUCUCACAGGCCACACGUUGAAGAAAUCACUGGCAAAGAGUGACCCAUCUUGGUUAUGUCUCUUGAAGCUCUGGCCUGUGUCUCUAGAAGGAGUUUCCGCAAGAACACAAGGUCUUGUCUGCACUGGAUCUUCCACAUCUGCUCUGUUCCCAGUGUGCUCAGGUGUGGGUACAUUGCAGAGACACUCAGGUGGUGCCCAGGGGGCAGUGUGACCCUACAAACCUCGUUAGAGUGUGACUGGGCUAUAUGGAUCCCCCACCCCCACCCCGCGCUCGCGCACACACACACAUACACAAGGAAUAUCACACAAGGAAUAUGGUUGAGUUGGCUGAGGGAAUGGGCUAACCUGGACUGAGUCUGGAAGAAUACAGAAACCAGAGGCAAAAGCUAGGAAGGGAUCACGGAAGACUCAGGGUGGUCCCAGCAUCUCUUGGGAUCUUAUUGCAGCUAUAGUAAGCCCAGACUGAUGGACAGAGCUGGGGUUCAGAUCUCUAGCUUUCUCAGCUCCCCACCCCCACCCCACCCCAGGGUGGCAGGGUAUGCAAAAGAGUCUUGAGAAAUGGUGCUGGCUGCCUCUCCUUUCUUGGGGAGCUGAGAGGCCUGUAUGUAGAUGGAGCAAGAAAUGCUUAAUCAGGGUGAGCCCAAACCAAGCCCACAGUGAAGGGAGCUUUAAGGAGCUCCUGGUGGGAGUCACCACUGCCUGCCGGGGACUGUACUUUGUUUAUGGUCAGGAGGACUUGGGUGUGGGUGGCUCCUGUCCUCUUGUCUCGCUCCCUGUCUCUGGUCCCCAGUCUGAUGUGUCAUCUCCCAGGGCAGUACUUUUCAGGAGAGUGUUUUUAGCAGAUGGGAGCCGUGGGUAAAUAGCUUUGUCGGGCAGUUUUGCUUUUCUUGCUUAUAUUGUACACUUUAAUGUGCUUCCCUCCCGCCUCCCCCCUUUUCCUUUUUCUUGCUUUAUUUAUUUAUUUUUGGAUAAUGGCAAAAUCACCGCUUGUGGGCAGCGGCAGAUAAUACAAAACAACUCUUUGAGAAGGGCUUUAUCUGAGCACAAAGCACUUGGAAUUGAAGACCCCCAGGGAUUUGCCUCUGCCGCUCAUCUUUCUUCUCUCCUCUCUCCCCUUUCUUUCCACUCUCUCCCUCUCCCUCCACCUUGUUCUCUUUCUUUUCUUCAUUCAGACUUGUAGUAGAACCAGAGUGAGCCGCGGAUUGCCCUAUUUUUCGGUCGAUUUGCAUGUUAGAGAGAGCAGAGUAAUUGGUGUUUAACCAGAACAAAAGGAGAUCUGUUUUCUAAAAGAAAAAGAAGUUUUGAAGUAGCCCUCGUGGCAUCCACCACUCUCAUUAGGAACUGAGUAGGAUGGCCCUCGGGACGAGGGUGUUGGGAGAUGCUGCUGUCCUUGGGAUGCUGUCUGAGAUGGUCACAAGAACAAAGAAAAUCUUCGUAGGAGGAUUGUCUGCAAACACAGUAGUGGAAGAUGUAAAGCAGUAUUUCGAGCAGUUUGGCAAGGUAGAGGAUGCGAUGCUGAUGUUCGACAAAACCACCAACAGGCACAGAGGGUUUGGCUUUGUCACCUUUGAGAAUGAAGACGUUGUGGAGAAAGUCUGUGAGAUUCAUUUCCAUGAAAUCAAUAAUAAAAUGGUAGAAUGUAAGAAAGCUCAGCCGAAAGAAGUCAUGUUCCCACCUGGGACAAGAGGCCGGGCCCGGGGGCUGCCAUACACCAUGGAUGCGUUCAUGCUUGGCAUGGGGAUGCUGGGCUACCCCAACUUUGUGGCAACCUAUGGCAGAGGCUACCCCGGAUUUGCUCCUAGCUAUGGCUACCAGUUCCCAGCCCUAUUACCAUAUUUAAAUGCAAGCUUCCCGGCGGCAGCUUAUGGACCAGUGGCAGCGGCAGCUGUGGCAGCGGCUCGAGGAUCAGUCCUGAAUAGCUACAGUGCUCAACCGAAUUUUGGCGCGCCCGCUUCCCCGGCAGGCUCCAACCCGGCGCGGCCCGGAGGCUUCCCGGGGGCCAACAGCCCAGGACCUGUCGCCGAUCUCUACGGCCCUGCCAGCCAGGACUCCGGAGUGGGGAAUUACAUAAGCGCGGCCAGCCCACAGCCGGGCUCCGGCUUCGGCCACGGCAUAGCUGGACCUUUGAUUGCAACGGCCUUUACAAAUGGAUACCACUGAGCAGGCGCUUCCAUUGCCGUCUCACUAUGAGAGCAUACCUGGAUGUCCAGGCAAGACUGGGCGAAGUUUCUGAGUGGCCCUUUGUUUAGGUGACGUCCUCAGACCUGGACCCCCACCAGCCUCACUCCUCAUCCCAACCAGAGGUGGCACACUUGGAUUGAGGGUUGACACAUCUCAUCUCACCCAUCGGCUACCUGCUGUAAUAUAAGACAACAGCUUUUAAACGUGUAUAUAAUCCAUGAUUUUGGUUUGGUUCUGUUUGUUUUCCUUGGUGGUCCCCCUCUCCCUCUUCCCUUCUCCUUUUAAAUCUCCCUCAAUCACAUUUGGUAGUGAUUUUUGACUUAGUCUGGUAGUCACCCAGCUUAAUAUCUAGUUAAAGCUAACCAUAGUAUACUUGUUAUAUAUUAAGGAGUUUUUUUUCUUUUUUUUUGUUUUCUUUUUUCCUUUAAAGAGAAUUUUUGUUUUGUUUUGAUUCUGUUCUCGCUUUUAAAGGAUGCUGAGAUGGUGAUGUUACUCUCCAUUUUUGGUACCAGUUCUGAGACUGUAAGACUUUUCAUCUGGGACUUUAGCACACACUGAAUCGAAGUUGUGAUACGCGGAGCGGGAGGUGGGCAUAGACUCUAUUUUGUGUUGUAGAAGUGACAUACAGUUGGCUGCUUAACAGACUCUCUAGCCGUUCAUUUUUGUGACGUCUCUUUGUUAACCUAAGUAUAUCUAUUUUCGGCAAUAAGGUAAGGACGGCCGUGUUUUGAGGGUCUUCCUUUCCUAUGAGUGCUUUUUCUUUUCUUCUGUUCAAAGAGGUCAUAUUACAAGGUUUUUUGAAAUUGUGAAUUCUAAAAAACAAAAAACAAACAAAAAAAUGUUGUAAAUAUAAUUCCAUUAACUACAUAGAAACUAUUAAGGAAGAGAGAAUCAAAAAAUAUUUUUGUGAGGGAGUUGAUCCUGGGCAGUUAGGUACCCUGGAAGGAGGGGAGGGAACCUCGAUGAAGCCAGUACAACAACAGAAGAGCCCCCCCAGCUGCCAGGGCACCCCAGACCCCCACUCUUCACUGUUGGUGUGAUAGACCUAAGAACCACAUUAGCACCCUGCCAGCCUACCAGCCUCUCUGUGCACAGCUUCUAAUGUUAUGAUCUAGCUAGAUUUUUAUUUAAAAUAUGAAAAACUGCUUUUCCCAAGACGUUUUUUAAAAGGAAAAAAAGCUACAAUUUUAAUAUUUGACAUAUUUAAAGUUUCAAAGCACACUUGUUUUGGCUUAGGGGAGGGGCAGGGUGGGGUCAUUCUUUUUCAGUCUUAAUUUUUAAAUAUCUGAUCAUUUUAUAUUGUCCGAUCAUUUCAGCACCUCCAAAGGGUCCUAGGAUAUUCUGCCUCUCUCUUCACCCUGUCCCCAGACGGGGGAACCCGUGGGUCAGGCGUGGAUAAGCCUGCGAGAAUACACCCUUUCUCCAUUCACUUUCUAUUUACAAAUUAGGAAAGCAACCUUUCAGUUUAUAUAUAUAUUUUUUUUCCUUUUUGAUACCUCAGUGCUGCAAGUAUCAUCAGAGAGGCUAUGGAAGAGUUUUGUGUUUUGUUUUUUGUUUUGUUUUUUUUUUUAAUUUAUUGUAGAUGUAAACAGAAUUUUAAAAAUAAAAUAUAAACAUCACUGCACUGUGACUGGUGGGGAAAACUGACAGCUUCCUGUUUGUACACAUUUGACAUUGGCUGUUAUAAUAUAUGGUCCUCAGUUGGGGAAGACACUUAGAAUGAAGGAUGUUUUUUAAUUUAACUUUUUUUUUUUUUUAAAGAAAAAUAUCAGUAAUAGGUCGGCAACAGCAGCCGUAGGAAGUACAACUUAGGGUAGCAUUAAAGCAUACUGUAGUGUGGAUAUAUUUUUUUUCUUUUUUAAAAUGUGAUAUUGACAUUUUAUUAAUAUUUUUUAAAUUGUUACGUUUAUAAAUUUGGUACUUAAGGCACAGCCAGUGUGAGGCACUGAACGCGACAUUUAUUACAAUGAGCUGCUGCACUCCUACUUUUAUAAAUUUUACUAACAAGUAGACUAAUGUAGACAUUCACAGACGGGAUAGCGCAGAAGCAUCUUCACACGACAAGUCUCCAAAAAAAAAAAGCUAAUUCAGAGAGGGCGGGAGGAAGCCUGUUCCCGUUCUAAUUAAGUGCAACCUUGUUUUAUCUUAUUGUUUUAUUUUUUAAGAAAGGAAAUCAUGUUCUUUUUUUAUAUCUCUAUAUAUAAGAUACAGAGUUGUUUGGUAAGGUUUGGGGUGUUUUUUGUUUUGUUUUGUUUUAAGUUUCCAAACAACCAAACUAAGAAAAAUGCUGGAUGCUUUUAGAAUACAAAACUUACUCAAGUCAUAAAAUAACAAAAUAGAACUUUUACUUUAAGAAACAACAACAAAGAGAGAGAGAGACUCGAUUCCCAGCAAGUCAGUGUCUCACAAGGGCACUGGCUAAUUACUCUUCUGUCCGCGUUGCUGAUGUCCUGUCCCCAGCCCCUGUCCAUCUCCCCCACACUCCCAUCACCUCAUAGAACGCUCUUUGUUGAUCAUUGUCUGUUAAUAAUGUAUAAAAUGGCUAUCUUGUAAGUGUGCUGUCUUGGUACUAGUGUAGUGACUUUUUUUCUCCUCUUCUAGUACAUAUUGAUAGGUAUAAUGUAAUUAAGGUUUUAAAAAAAAUAGACAUAGUUAUUCAGAUUAGGACCAGUAAGGAUAGAACUUUCUCUUAUUUAUGAAAAGAAAAAAAAUGCUAAUAAUUUGGGGGCAGUUUUUUCCUUUUUUUUUUUUUCCAAGUUCAAAUUUACUUUUAUUUUUGCUGAUUUGAUGUGGUUUCAACUAACCCAAGGUCUCACAAUGUUCAAAUGGCGGCUGACUCUACAGCAUUCUGUAGGUCCCUGCCCCCCUAGCUGAAGGGGUGUGCCAUACUACCUUAAAUGCAAACACUAGAUAUGCAAAACUGGAUUUUUUUAAUUUAUUUUUUAAAAGAGGGAGGUGUGGUAUAUUAAAAUGAUUUUACUAAGAGAAAAAAAAUAUUUUUUUAAGGAUGCUCAGAAGAAAUUGAUAAUCUGUGUGAAUAUGUUUUAGAUGUUUAUAUACAUUUUGAAGAGACCCAGUAGCCCAUAGCACAAAUCUUGUGAACAUCUGAUAUGUUUUCAAGUGGCUACCUAGGAUAAGGUUCAUCAUUAGUACCCCCACCCCCACCCCACCGCCAUCUAGAAGUCCAUCUUAAACAAUUUUUUGUAAAUUCUUUCAGCACUGGUGUCCAUCUUUGUCUUUGUUUCAGUUAAGCUCAAUAGCGAAUGUGGGACCCCCUCCUCUGACCUUCCCUGGGGGAGAAACCCUCUUGGCUAAUGGCUCUUCCCUGGCAUUAUCAAUAACCACCCGGGGACUCUCUGGCUUUCAGAUCCAUCUGCCUGAGACCCCAAGGUCCUCUCCUCCCUAGAGGGGAGGUGGAGCAGCAGUUGACUCCUGGUUCCCUCCCUAUUUCAGCCUGGAUGUGGGGCUGGUGGAGAUGCCUCCACCCCAGGAGCCUCUGCAUAUGUGGUUCGUGGCCUUCUUCUCACCCAUUGGGAAAACCAAACAGCCUCACACUCUGUCCCCAUCGCUCAUUGGCUUAACUCAAGUGAGACCCCAACUGGGCCUUUGCGUUUUGUUUUUGUUUUUUUUUAAAUCCUUCAUGACCAUUCUCUUAAUUUGAACUCGUAGCUUGGGCUUUAAGGUAGCAUGGCUCGAUUGCUGUCGACUUAAUGUUCCACUGCACAGCAAUUCACGGCCAGUGAAUGUUACACACAUCUUGCUAGACUAGUAUAAAAAUCAUUGGGUAAUUGUUGGUUCUAAUGACCUGAAAGGUGUUCAGUUUGUGGGUUUUUUUUGGGGGGGGCUGCUUGGGGGGUUGUUUUUCCUUCUUUGUUUUUUUUUAAUUUGAGAAUUUAGGGGGAUAAUUUUUGGGGGGGGGUUCCAAAUAAAAAAAUAGAAAGCUAUUUUGAUCUUUAGUGCAAACUAGGGACGUAGCCUCCAUCAC